GGAAGUUCGUUUACCAAACAAAGACUAGAUGAUAAACCAAGUUAUUUUUAAAAAUUAUUAGAGCCAAACAUAAUCAAUUUUCUUUGAUCAUAAUAAUUAAUAGAUAUAGUAUUUAGUUUGUAAGAUUAUCCUUGAAGAAGAAACGACCGUAUAUUGUUUUUUACUCAAAGACAUGUCAAUCUCGUCGGGGAAGAUUCAGCUCAUUUGAUAGCAGAUUUGAAUGUAUAUUUCGUAGUUAAUUUGCACCUUUCGACAUAAGACUCUUAAAAUACAAGAUGUGGCAAGCUGCACUGAAGAGGUUCGGCAGAAGGUCGCUCCAUUCUCCUAAGCUCGUAGACACGUCAAGAAGACCUAUAGCAGAAAAAGACUUACGAGAAGGGAAUGAGAUCGAAGGUUUUAUAGUCAACCGCGUGGCGUUUGUUCCCGAAUUUUCGUUAACUCUUAUUAAACUGCGCCACAUGAGGACUGGUUGUGAGUACCUUCAUAUGGCACGUGAUGAUUCCAAUAAUACCUUCUGUGUCGGUUUUCGAACAACUCCUACCGACUCUACCGGCUUACCUCACAUAUUGGAACAUACUACUCUGUGUGGAAGUAGAAAUUAUCCCUGUCGCGAUCCAUUUAUGAAGAUGUUGAAUAGAUCAAUGGCUACAUUUAUGAAUGCUAUGACAGGACCAGAUUAUACAAUUUAUCCUUUUGCUACCCAGAAUAAAACUGAUUUCAGAAAUUUGAUGUCUGUUUACUUGGAUGCAGUUUUCCAACCAGAACUUAGAGAAUCCGAUUUUAAACAAGAAGGUUGGAGACUGGAGCACGAGUUGCUGUAUGACAAAGAAUCUCCUAUUACUAUAAAAGGCGUGGUUUUUAAUGAAAUGAAAGGCGUGUAUGGUGAAAAUCAGACACUUUUCAAUGAAGCGCUUAUGAAUAACAUGCUUCCUUCUAAUACAUACCGUGUUUCUUUUGGCGGUGAUCCAAAAUAUAUUCCUACCUUAACUUACAGUGACCUCAAAGCUUUUCACAAGAAGUUUUACCAUCCUAGUAAUUGCCGUAUAUUCUCGUAUGGAAAUUUUCCUCUGCAAGAUCAUUUGGUUUUUAUUAACAAAGCAUAUUUAGCUGAUUAUCCUGAUACUAACGAUUUUUCAAAAUCGACGCUUGUUCCCUCAGAAGAUAGAUGGGACAGUGAGAGAAGAAAAGAAAUCACUUGUCGAUUCGAUCCUUUAGCUCCUGACAAGAAAAAACAAUCUAGUAUUGCAAUAUCUGUCCUUUGUAACGAUAUUAAGAAUAUCCAAGAAACAUUUGUCUUUCAGAUAUUGAGUGAGCUGUUAGUAAGAGGUCCAAACUCUGCAUUUUAUAAGUCAUUAGUCGAACCAAAUAUUGGAGGAGGUUUUAGUCCUGUUACGGGUUAUGAAUCCCAUACUAGAGAUACAAUGUUUUCAGUUGGUUUGAUGGCUGUGGACCCAAUAGAUUUUGAACGCAUUGUUAAUAUAUAUCAUAAAACUAUUGAUAAUGUAAUAAAUGAAGGCUUCGAUGACAACCAGAUAAAGGCUAUUCUUCAUAACAUUGAAAUAAAUACUAAACAUCAAACUGCUGAUUUUGGUCUAGGAAUUCUGUUUGGUACCACACCAGUGUGGAAUCAUGAUGGGGAUGUAGUUAGAGCUGUAAAAGUGAAUGAUAAAGUUAUGAAGUUUAAGAAAUCCUUAGCAGACAACCCUUUAUAUUUACAAGAUAUGGUACAGGAAUAUUUCAAGGAUAAUACCCAUAGAUUAAUUCUGACUAUGAUACCCGAUAUGGAUUUUGAAAGAAAAGAAGAAGAAACCAUUAAUCAGCUUUUGGCUCGAAAAAUUGACGUCUUGCUACCUCAUCAAAAGGAAAACAUAUAUGAAAUGGGUUUGGAGUUGAGUAAGGAGCAAGAAAACAACAAGAAAAUUGAUUGCCUCCCAACUUUGUCUAUUUCUGACCUAAAUAAAGAUAUCGAAAGGGUUAAUCUCAAGGGGUUCCAAGUCAAUGGCCUUCCUGUGCAAGUUUGUUCAGUUCCUACCAACGGUUUGACUUACAUCCGAGGGAUCAUAAAUGCAUCUAUUCUCUCGGAAGAAGCUAAGAGUGUUUUACCAUUGUUUUGUAAUGUCAUCACAAAGAUGGGGACUAAAUCUCACAAUUACCGACGUCUUGACCAGUUGAUCACAUUGAAAACUGGUGGUUUAUUUUUUUCCCCUCACAUCGCUGAAAGUACAUUUGAAACUAGCUCUUUUGAAGAAGGUGUGACAUUUGCUUCCUCUUGUCUAGAUAAAAAUUUAAAAGGCAUGACAAAUAUUUUAGCAGAGAUAUUUACAGAACUAACAUUGACUGAUGUAAAAAGAUUUGAGACUUUACUUAAAACAAUGGCUACUGAGGCUAUGACUGGAAUCGGGGAUAGUGGGCACCUGUAUGCCAUGUCCUCUGCUUCGGCUCUUGUUUCUACUAUAGCUCAGCAUAAAGAAAGAUUUGGAGGCCUCUCGUAUGUCCAAACUAUGAAACAACUCUCCCAAAGUUCAGAAUUUAGUGAAACAUUAGAAAUGAUGCAAGGGAUAGCUGAUAUAGUUUUGAACAAAAAAAUUAUGCGUAUCAGUUUAAAUGUAAGCCCUGAAUCAGAAGAGAAAAGUCUUUCUGCAUUAGAUGAAAUGAUUGGAAAGUUUCCUGGCGAUCAUAAAAUGCCAUUUAAAUUGACAAAAAAAGAAAAACCUGUCCAGAAGAUAAAAGGAUAUCAUUACAUCUUUCCAUUUCAGGUUAACUAUGCAGCUUUAUCAAUACCCACUGUAGAGUAUGCUCAUGAGGAUUUUCCAGUUCUGAGGGUAUUAGCUCGAUUGCUAGCUUCGAAAUAUCUUCUUCCGCGGAUUAGAGAGAAGGGAGGUGCUUAUGGGACUGGAGCCAAUAUUUCUACAUCUGGCAUAUUUAGUUUUUUCUCUUUUUCAGAUCCGAAACCGAUUAACUCAUUUGAUAUUUUUAAUGAAGCUCAGGAAUGGGUACAGUCUGGCAGUGAUUAUACAGAUCAAGAUGUGGAAGAAGCCAAACUUGGGGUUUUCCAGUCUCUCGAUGCACCGAUACCACCUAGUGCCAAAGGUUCCCGCCAGUUUUUAUACGGUAUUUCAGAUGAUCUUUUCCAAAAACACCGAGAGAUCAUAAUGAGGUGCAAUAAAUCAGAUUUGAUAAGAGUUUCUAAAAGGCUCAAUUCCACUUGUCAAGGAAGAGCUCUUUUAGGGCCCGAGAACAGGGACGUGCUCCUGAGGACUGGCGAACAGUGGGAAGUAAGAAGAGUGGAUACAUCACCUAUUCGAACAUAAUAUAUGUUUAUUUACAGUUCCUGGUUGUAAAUAUGCAAUAUUCAAAUACCUUGAUUGUAGUUAAUCAUUUUUAAGUGUUUUAGUCAUUAAUUUACCGUGGCAUUAGCUGCUUUAUUUUGAUUUAAUGGUUACAAUCAUAAAUGUUAAAAUACCUUCUUUCUUUUUUUGUUUUUGUUUUUAUGAUAGUAUAGAAAUCAGAUAUUUGUCAAAGAUAACACAAGUGGCUUUUAUGACUGGAAAUGUCACCUUAUGGUAUAAAACUGUUUUGUGUUUGAUAGACAUCUCUAUCUGUAGAGAUUUAUUUUGAGACAUGAUCUUGUUCUAAUGAGAAAUACUAAAUUGUAUUUAUCGCUGUGACCAGUUCUGGAAAACCAUAGACCAGCUAAACUAAUCGAUCAUAUGUCAUCAGAUUGCUGUUGGAUAGCAAAUAAUAUUUAUAAAUAAGAUGUUAGUGGUAAUUUUUUUAAUUGGACAACAAUGUAAUAUAAAUUUAAAACCACUGCAUCUCAAUUUUUUUUCCAAAUUUUUAAUAUAUUUAUUUAUUUUUUUAUAUUAUUUAAAUUAGAAAAAAAUGUAUUGAUCAAAUCAAUUAUUAAAAAUAAAAAAAUUACAAACUGUUGAAA